ACCCAGGGGACGCGGCUCCUCCCCAAACAAACGCCCGUCUGGGCCUCGCCUGCCCACCACUCGCUCAUGCCGCGACACGCUUCCCGCUCUAUGGCGUCCGUCCCUGGGGAGCCAGGGCUCCUGGCCUGCAGGUCUUGUGACAUGGUUUUCCGCUCUUGGACCCUGCUGGACAACCACGCUCAGCGCUUCUGCAUCGGUCGCCUAACCGGGGAGCUGACGCUUGGAGCCCAGCCCUCAGCGGCUAGCCAAGAGCCGGGCGCCGAGACGGUGUCCCAAGAACUUCAGGGCCAGCAGGAGACCAGCAAAUCUGCAUUAUGGAAGUUAACGGAGCAGGCUCGGGGAAGCCCGGGCGAGCGGCUGCGGGCGCUGCAGAGAGCUCGCGCCCAGCGCCUGGCGGAGACGGAAGCGCAGCGACGGGCCCUGGAGCGGCGCGGCCAGGAAUUGAGCCUGCGUCUCCAAGGCGCAGCCGGGACCCAGGGCGGGACAUCACGCCUAUCCGGCCUGGAACGGGAACUUCGAGAACUCCGGUCGGAGGCAGGGCGGACGCGAGGAGCGCUCGAGACCUUGGGCGCGCGCGUUCAGGAGCUGCAGGCGCCGCGUGGGAGUCGUCGGCCCGCCUGGUGGGAAGCGGAGCUGUUCGGUCCCGCGCUUCCCGUCGCCUGCCCGGGAACUCUGACUGCCGAGAUUGGAGCCCUGCGUGAGGCCUACCUUCGAGGUGGGGGGCGCGACCCUGGCAUUCUGGGCCAGAUAUGGCAGUUGCAGGUGGAGGCGUCAGCCCUGGAGCAGCGACGGUCGCGGAUCCGCAGGAGAAAGGCAGCGGCUGCUUCGGAGGAGCUUCUAGUGGUGGAGGCAGAGAACCGGCGGCUAGAGGCAGAAAUCCUGGCCCUGCAGAUGCGGAGGGGUCUGGGUUGGGUACCCCAGGGGCCACAAGAGGCGCCUUCCCUGUCUAGUCCCAGCGCACCCCUAAAGGGAAGGAGAAAAUCUCCAAUCCUCCCACCAUCUCCACUUCCAGGCUCCAUGGACAUCCCGCGGAAGGCUCAGCAGUUUGCUGGAAGCAUACCGGGGAGCCUGGUCCUGAACCCACAUUUCCUGCUGCUUGCACAUGAUGCCCUGGACCCUGCACCCUAUGACCCAGGGGCUGGCCUGGUCAUUUUCUAUGACUUCCUGCGGGGACUUGAAACUUCUUGGAUUUGGGUGCAGCUGCUGACUGGCUUGUCCAAAGAUGGACAUGGUACAGGAGGGACAACAGCGUUACCCCCUGCCCUUUGCCUGCCCUCACCACCUUCAGCUUCUGGGCCUGUGGGCAACUGUGCCAUUCUGGCCAGCAGGCAGCCUGUGCUCAGACUGCUACCCUCACCAACUCUUUCCUUGGUCUGUGAGCUGCAGGCCUGGCAAGGGCUGGCAGGAGCUGGGGCACCACAGCCAAAGGCUUGGACCUCUCUGGUACUAUUUGACCGAGCUCAACGGGUGUUAAGUGGCCGCUGGCGCCUCCCGCUUCAGGCCCUUCCCCUGGACUCCAGCCUUAGCUCCGGGCAGCCAAUUGAGAGUCCCCAGGCAGUUCAUGCUGAGCUGUUUGUGCGGCUGGUGAACGCAAGGGAUGCUGAUGUUCAGACACUGGCAGUGAUUGAUCCCUCAUGUGCCCACGAGUACCAAUACCCACCACUGGGGUCCAUCUCGCCUUCACUGGAAGGCAACCCCCUCCGCCCUGUGGCUGCUUUUGCUGACCCUGCACCUCCUACCGAAGAGCCCCAGGGUGGAGUUGGGCCCUCAUCAGUGCUUUGACCCACCC